GUAUUGUGGAUGGAGGGAAAAGCAAAAGGUGGAAGAGGACUGACUGGUAGGAUAGGGAAGAGGCCUCCGAGGAGGAGGAGGUGACCACGAGAGAGUUUUACGUGCCGAAAUGAAACUACAAGCCGGAGAAAGUGAGAGCCGACGUAGCAUACGGUAGGUACGAGAAGGCAGCCUGUCGGACUCCUCCAGGCCAGAGGAUAGAUAUGGUGUAUAGGCUUCGUAGAAGACGCUAUCAACUCCUGUAGACCUUCUCAAUUUACUCGUGUUUUUCAUUUUCUGUCUACGGGAGUACAUCAGACUUCCAAUUUCCUCUUCAAAAAUUGGCUCAUCUUAACGAAAACCGAAAAAGUUAAUCCGGAGAGUCAAAAAGUUCGUUGGAAAAUCCUCAAGAAGUUUGCGAGGUUUAUCAAAAAAGAGACCAAGUUCCCCAGAAAAAGAAGAAAAAGAGUUGGAAUAGAAUUAUCCAAGAAAAGAUGCGGGAGCUGUAUUGAUGAACCCUUUCAAAUACGGUACCAGCGAAGAUCGAAAGUUUCAAGGUCACUUAAGGAUCUUCUGUAAGCGAAAGGGAAGCUGGACGUAUCUUUAUUUAAGAAUUGAUGAAUCGUCCUGAUUGAAUUGAAAUUUUUAAUUCAGGAAUAAAAAUUGAAGAUUCUGGGGAUAGGAGAUACGAUGGACGGAAGUUGGAGCGACUGAAGAUUGAUAAAUGGAUUUGGAAGCAGGAUGUUGGAAGUUUUGUGACGAAAUGUAAACGGGAGUGACAGUGAAUCUUGGUUUUAUAGUUUCCUGGUGGAUGUUUGAUAUAAAAUUUUGUUUUUUUUAAUCUUUUUUGAGGAAUUUUGGAUCUAUAGUGCACCUUUUGUGUUAUGGUGUCGACAGUUUUCGUUCUAGAGGGACGAAGAUCGAAUUCUGAGGAGAGUUUAAAAAAAGAGGAUCUUUUGUGUUUGAGAGAUUCUGAUCGUGCGGAUCUUUAGUCAUCAGAUUGUCCCCCAGGAUUAGUUGGAGUCUCGUCUCGAGUCGGGUUUUUCCCGUGGUUUUUCUUCCAAAAAUAAAAAUGCAACAUUUAAUUUUUGAUCUCAAUUUUACGUGAAAAAGGCUUCAAUUGGAGCCAUUUCGGAUGAAGAUUGGACCAAAAGAAAAGUUUUCAACAUAGGGGUUAAUACUACGAUGGUGAUGAAAUCGUGCCAGUGGUUUCUCAUGGGAAUCGUCCUGAUUUUUCGAGCGAUCUGCCAAGCAACAGAAGAUAACGAAUUUCUUUCGAGAAUCAAAUUAGAAUCAAAUUUACCAAAUUCCAAUGCCUAUUCGGGGGCAGUUCUAGCAGUGGACAGGGAUUCGAACAAUAAGGAAAAUAACAAGACCGAUUCAAAUUUAAGUCUCAUUCGAAAGCGUCGAUUUAUUCGAUUUCCAACUGGCCCCGGCUAUGCAUUCGAAGGAGGUGGACAACAUCCUAGAUCGAUGGGAUUGCCCAAUAAUAUUAGAUUUGGGCUUCAGGCCCAAUUUCCGUCUUGGAGACAACAAAAGUCUUUUUGGCGACCUUCAGUUCCUGGACCACCUCCGGUUCCAGGACCACCGGGUCCUGAGUUUUCAAGGCCAGUUAUGAGCCAUCGGACACCUAGACUCAUUUUCCGAGACAAUGACUUUCCUGUCGCUACCGGAAGUGGAGUCAGCAGUAAUUUUUUUCAGUCUAAUCAACUUCCGGAUCUCGAAGAGGAAGUCAGAGAUCACCGAAAGCAAAUCUUCAACGAUUACCCGCGACUUGAAACCGAGUCGCGAAAACAAAAAAGACCCCUUUGGGAAGGUGACGAUUCGUUGUGCGCUGACGGACGAAGCUGUGAAUUUUUUCUCACGUGCUGGAUGUCGUCCGGUUUCUUGGAGGGAACUUGCGGCGGAUUAAUGUACGCGUGUUGUCAUCGAAACAAAGAAUCCGCUAAGGCAUCUAGUUCGGAUUAUAAUCUCGUCGAUGCUGCUAGGGAAGAAAAUCAGCUUCUUGCAACGGAUUCUUACCCCGAAGAGACGACCAAUGAGGAUCGAUGCGGAAUUUCGGCAACGAAGCAAACUGCUCAGAGAAGAAUCGUGGGAGGCGACGAGGCUGGUUUUGGAAGUUUCCCCUGGCAGGCCUACAUUAGGAUUGGGUCCAGCAGAUGUGGAGGAACUUUGGUGAACCGCUUUCACGUGGUUACUGCAGGUCACUGUGUCGCUAAGGCGUCAGCAAGACAAGUGCAGGUGACGCUUGGAGAUUAUGUAGUCAAUUCUGCAUCGGAAUCUCUACCAGCCUACACAUUUGGAGUGCGGGAAAUUCGAGUUCAUCCUUAUUUUAAAUUUACCCCUCAAGCUGAUAGAUUCGACGUUGCGGUGUUGAGAUUAGAUCGACCAGUCCACUAUAUGCCUCAUAUAGGGCCAAUUUGCUUACCAGAGAAGAAUGAAGAUUUCUUGGGUCAAUAUGGUUGGGCUGCUGGCUGGGGAGCUCUUCAAGCAGGUUCGAGAUUGAGGCCAAAAACACUUCAAGCAGUGGACGUACCAGUUAUUGAUAACAGAGUUUGUGAAAGAUGGCAUCGCUCAAAUGGCAUCAAUGUUGUCAUUUAUGAUGAAAUGAUGUGUGCUGGUUAUCGUGGCGGUGGCAAGGAUUCCUGUCAGGGAGACAGUGGAGGGCCACUAAUGCUCGAGAAAACCGGAAGGUGGUACCUGAUAGGAAUCGUCUCAGCCGGUUAUUCCUGUGCUCAGCCAGGUCAACCUGGGAUUUAUCAUAGAGUGGCCAAAACAGUCGAUUGGAUAACAUACGUUAUAAAUUCUUAAAUUCCAUUUUUAUUUAAAAAAUGGGAAUUUUUUUAUCGAUUCGAACGAAUUUGAAACUGCAGUGUCGAGAGACAGUUUUCUGCACCAGAUUAAUAAACUGCAAUGGAAUUCCGUUCAGUGGAAAUCCGAUUUGAAGACUGCCGAUUUAUGAAAAACUUAUUUCAACAAAAACUUAACAAAAAUUACAAGUAAAGGCCAGGGAAAGUAUCAAAUGAAGUCCCAAAUCAGUGACAACUGUAAUCCUAAAGUGAAAUCGAAAAUGAUUUUGCGUCUCAUUCCGAAAUGAUCACAUGGAUCGUUUUGAACUUGAAAGGUGGUAUGAGACCUGCAAUUUUAUCAGGAAAAUUCUCUCUUUAAAGAGAAUAAUAAUAAUAAAAAUGGCUGGUCUUCAAUUUGUUCAGAGAUAUUAUGAUGAUAGUCUGUUAACACUACAGACAGGCCUCCUUGGGCAUAAAAUUACUUUUAUUUUAAUAAAGUAUGUGAAAAUUCAGCAAAUUUAAUUUAGUUGUGUAAAUAUCUGUUAUAACUGAAUUCUUUUUUAUAGAAAGAUUCUUUUAGAAGAAUGGGAAGUAUUAUUAAGUAAGGUAUAGAAAAGUGGGGUUGAGAUCAAAGAAAAUUUAAUUUUAAAUUAAAAUUUUAUAUUUAUAUAAUAAUCGAUUGAAAUGCACUUCAUUUAGUUUUAUAGGAAUUCAUAAAAUAAUUUAAAGUGAAAAAGAGAUAAUAAUUUUAAUUUAUGGUUAUAAAUAAUCCUUGGAGGUCUGUUAAAGUUGAUGUAUAAGUAAUAGUUGGGUGUACAAUCGAUGUUUGUAAUAAUGAAAUAAUUAUGUAAAUGCGACUUGUCUGGAUGUGAUGUAUAAUUGUAAAGUUAAUGAUGACUAUAUGUAAAUGUAUAUGUGUGAAGUAUUAUUUAAGAAAAAGAAUAUUUUUUAAUUUUUGCUUUUGUGCGCAUAAAUUUGGUUACAAAAAAAAUUAUUCAACAAAAGCUCAAAAGGAUUUUGAAUUUUUGCUAAACAAUCCUCUCACUGUCAUACGUGAAUAUCCCUUCAUUUUUCUACAAUAUUUUCAUAACUUUAAUUGUUGUAUAGUAAAAUAUUUUUUUAAAAUUAGGUAACAAUAACAAAAACCAAGCUUUGGAUAUUUUUAAAAAUAGGAUAAGAUAUUUUUAAGGCAAAUAAUUUAUAUCCAAUUUCUUUAUCGACUCAAGGUAGAGGUAGAAGUUUCUGCAGAAAAUCCAUUCAAAGAAAACUUCAUCAGAAGAGAAAGUCGAAG